AUGAAUGGUCAAUUAUAUUGCGAUGUUUUGCAGAAAGAACUAAAGCAAUCCAUGACAAAAAUACCGAAGAAAACCGAAAUAAUCUUCCAACAAGACCUGGCUCCAUGGCAUACAUCAAAUACAGUGAAAGAUAAAACUGCCAAAUUGAAAUUGAAAGUAUUCGGCUGGUCCCCUAAAUGUCUAGACCUCAAACCGACAGCGAUACUGUGGUCCAUUUUGGACAAAAAACUGGCUUCAAAACCGAUUUAUUUCAAAGGAGCCUUGAUCAAUUGUCUUCAGGAGGAAUGGGACAACAUUGAUAUCGAUUUAUGCAUCAAGUUGGUCGAAUCAAUGCCAGAACGAAUACGAAAGUGUUUAAAAGCGAAAGGUGGUCACUUCUUGUGA